GUAUGUGAGCUCAUUGUGCGGACUAGCCUUUACGGGGGUGUGGCGGAUGGAUUUGCGGCGCUCGUUCUGUGACGGGGCCGGCGGAGUGAUCCACAGCGGCACAGGUCGCGGAGACAGACAGUGGGAUCGAUAACAAACGGAACUCGGUGAGAAAAUUCAUGACCGGGACGAGGAGCACAGAGCUGGCUUCAGAUCUGCCGUGAGCCCCCGGUACAGGCGAGGAAAGCGGGACGCAGCGGGACCAUGGAGAGGAAAAGUAUACCCGUUAAGUGCAUUCUCAACAAGCCCCAGUUAGUCCGUGGUCUGAGUGGAAACCUACACCCAGAUGUGAAUGCCAGCCACUCCCGGGCUGGAAGGUCUCUCCUGACCAAAGUGCAGCGCAGCAGGCACAAGCAUCACUACGAAACCAACCAUCAAAUCAGGCUCAAACCUGAUUUAAACACAACACUACCAGUUCGACAGACAGCAUCCAUCUUCAAACAGCCGGUGACCAAGGUAACAAAUCACCCCAACAACAAAGUGAAGACAGACCCGCAGAAAGCUGUGGACCAACCCAAGCAACUGUUCUGGGAGAGGAAGCUGAGCGGCUUAAAUGCAUUUGAUAUUGCGGAGGAACUGGUGAAAACUAUGGAUCUUCCCAAAGGUUUACAGGGUGUUGGGCCUGCAUGUUCAGAUAAAACACUGCUUUCUUCCAUCGCCAGCGCGCUGCACACCAGCCCUGCACCCGUCACCGGACAGCUCACUGCUGCGGUGGAGAAAAAUCCUGGAGUGUGGCUGAACACAUCCCAGCCUCUUUGUAAAGCCUUCGUAGUGACUGAUGAUGACAUCAGGAAGCAGGAGGACAUGGUGCAGAGUGUGAGGCGGCGGCUCGAGGAGGCUCUCAUGGCCGACAUGUUGGCUCAUAUAGAGGACACCACUGCAGCCGCAGCAGCAGCAGACAAAGUAGAAGAGAAGGUUGAGCAGGUGGACAAGGAGGAAUCAUAGCCAAGGCCCGACGUGACGUUUGCUGGUAAACUGGUUUUAUUUUCCCACAAUUGGCUCCAUGAAGAUUUUUUUAUAAAUGUUUACACGAAGUAGACCCUAAGCAGAAGUUCUGCAAGUCUUGUUAACAUACACAAAAAUCUGUUUCUUUUCUUCUUUUUUAUAUUUGACUAUGUAACCCUGAAAGGGUACUUUGAGUUUAAAUUUUUACCUCUGUAUGACAGUUUUGGAUGGUGCUCAAUGCAGUGUUACACUCAGUUAACAGCUGUUCAAGCUCAAAGUUAAAAACACAAACCUGAUGUAUGUGAAUGAAAAGUGUGUGUGUGUGUGUGUGUGUGCGUGUUUGUGUGUGUGUGUGAGAGAGACGUAUCAGUUCAUGUUCAGAACCUCAAGUGUGUUCCUUUUUAACUGUUCAAGAAGAAUAUGUUGCUCUUAUAUUUGAACUCUGGCACUGUAGGUAGUGUUGUGUAGGUUGCAGUAUGUUUACAUGCACGCAGCACUCAUGUGGCUGUGAAUAAUCAUAUUGAGCUCAUUUGAUAAAGGUUUUACAGUUCAAAGUGCUGUUAUUUCUCCUGAUAACCUGUGUUUACAUGGUUUUCCAAGUUUAAGUCCGGGGUGGGCCCAUUUAAUUUUGAGAAAAUCCUUCAAGAGGCAAACUAAAUGAUUGAAUGCAAAUAUCACACUAACCUCUCUGAUGACGUCUGAUGUCAGAUGGUAGUGAUCAUGCAACUCGCAGCUGGUUUUUUAGGUUCGUGAUGGUCAGUCUUGAGCGGAACACAGUCUUUGCAAGGUUCAGCUUUGAAAACGCUGCUCUCAGCCACAUGUUGUCACAAACUGAGAUGCAAACGUCACUACAUGUCUGCUCAGAAUUAGGAAUUUCCUCAGGACGCACAUACAAUUUAUAAAACUCCCGCAGAAAUUGUGGUGGCUUUGAGCUCAUUGUUGCUUUGCAGUUUGAUCAUUUUAUGUUAUAGGUUGUCAGGCACAUCAGCUGGUUCCACAUUAAACAGCUUAGCGAAUGUGAUGUUUGUUUACCUUUCAUGUCCUGAAACAAUCAUCAAACGCCUGAAGGAGUUUUGCAGACUCUCCAGCGUAUUCAGAUGUCCUAGCAGGCUUUUGUUGUUGCAGAGCAGGAAAGUUCAGUGUUGCCCCCUUUCUAGUUGCAGUUACCACAGCUGUAAUUGCCCCACGUUUGAAAGCAAAGAGCUUAGAGGCUGGUGGGGACUUUGGAGCUUGAGGUUGUUGGUAAUGUCUGCCAUGAAAGCCAGAUCACUCUGCCACUUGCUAUCACUCAGUUGCAUGACAGGUUUUCCCUUCGUCUCCAUGAAGUGUUUUACUUUCUCCCUGGCAGUGUUAGCAUAUUGCCUUGAUUCAACCAUCGCACAUCUCAAUGAUAAACCAGACCUUUGAACUCUCAGGCUGCCUCAUUAGCCUCUUGAACUGGCAGCUGUACGGCCCUCACGUUGUCAUAAUACCAGUGUGAUCCAGGGAAUAUGACUGAUGUGUUUGUUUGAGACAGUAGCAUACAUCUAAAUCACUUUCAUUGAUACUAAGAUUAUUUAAUGUUUUGACCAAUGCCACGAAUUCCCUUCUGCCAUGGCUGAGACCUUGUUGCAAAUCAAAAUCGUAUUAAAGUUAAUCCCCACCUAUCAUAGUGCUGUGCAUGGCUUGCUAAGACAGCCAUUCCUCCCUCACGUCCUAAUCAGCAGUGAUCCCACGCACAAAAAUGUGUUUGUUAUGUCUGUUGUUUCAUCGCAGGCCAGAGAGAAAAAACUGGGAGUUUCUUGUGCUGUCGUCAAGUGUUUUUUUUUUCUGUUUUUUAUAUAUCUUGUGCCAUAUCAGUAAUCUGUUUUGCAGAAGCUUUUUUUCAACAAACUGGCAAACUGGAAUACUUUACUUAGCAAUUAGCCUGUUCACCACAAAAACUGUCUAUAUGUCACUUUCUUGUGAACUCUGCUCAAGAGUGUUUACUUUAUCCAAGAGCUUUUGUCCUUGCAACUCUUCUAGUUAAACAUGUUUCCAGCUGUGAUGAUGCUCGAGAUCAGACUUGUUAAACAUUGAGAAUUGACCCCACAUACUAAACACACCUGCUUGUCUUUUCACUUCAAUUUUCUUUCCUUUUUGUCCAUUUCUCUUGGAAAGCAUCUGCAUCUGCUUCUCUUGAGAGUUGCCAUGAUGCUUGUCAGCAAUGAUUCGUAAUGUGUGUGUCUAGAGGUGUGUCUGGGACCUGACUGGCAUACAACCAGAAAGGGCCAGACUGAAGGACACAAUAUUCUGCUAUUAUUUUUGUUUUAUUGAAAGAAAAAAAAAAUUGUUCCCUUUUUUAAAAUAUUUAUAAAUUGUCUGACGGGCUUAUAGGGCUCGGAGGCCGUAGGUCCCCCACCCCUGGUUUAAGCCAUGUUAUUUGUUCUGACAGAAAAAUUGUCAGUAUUGUUUUGCCAUGUUUGAUUUUAUUCAGUAAAGGAAAAUGUGUGUACCGUAAGAAAAUACAAAACAACAAAUGCAACGCUCAUGUACCUCAUAACCUGGUGUACUGUACCUCAUUACAAGAUUCAUUUUUGUCUCUGUAUCACUGUGACACUGUUGAAUAAAUACAGCUGUUUUGUUA